AUGCUAUCAUUCCUCUGGAAGUCGCCUCAAAACACACCUAAGAUGGACGCGAAAAAAUCAGAUACGCCGGCGCCCCUCGCGAGCGCCUGGCAGGUGCGCGCCGAGGCCGGCGAGCCCGUGGCCGUGGUGCGCGUGCGCAACCUGCAGAGCGCCAUCCCCGUCGGCCGCGACGCCUGGGGUCGCCCCAACAAACUGCAGCCCGUGUUGCUGUCGUCCGAGGUGUCGUUCGCCCAGCCCUUCGGCACCGCCUCGGCCGACGACACCGUCAACGCCGAGACCGUGCACUACGGCAGCCUGAGCAAGGCCCUGCUGGGCGGCAUAGAGCUCUGGGGCCAGGGAAACAAGCCGGCCAGGACGCCCGUCGCCUCGGCCAUCGUCGCGACCGGCGCCGCCGAGAUGGAAAGCCCGCGCACCGCCGACGUCUUCGAGCUGCUCUGGGUCCGCAUUACCGGCCGCGUCGUCGACGGGAGCCGCGUCGCCCUGCCCGUCGACCAGGUCCCGUUCCUGGACGCCACGAAGCUGCGCUCGCUGUCGCUGACCAUGCACCUGCCAAAGGCGUCCCUGCUCGGCGCGGGCGUCAGCCUGACGACGACGGCGGGCUUCAAGGAGGUGCUCGAGGACAACCCGCUGCGCUCGUACUCGAGAAGUCUGCGCAUCCACGGCUUGCAUGUGCCGACCUUGAUCGGGAUCAACUCGAACGAGAGAAAAGCCAAGCAGAUGGUUGUUGCCGACGUCGAGAUAGACCGGUUCGACGUCGGUGACGACAUUCACAGCGACCUUGAGAGGACCAUUGUGGAUGCAAUGGAGAGCUCUUCUUUCGAGACACUGGAGGCACUGGGAACCCAUGUGGCCAACAAGGUUCUGUCCGAGUUCAGAAUUGGCGACAACCCAGCGCCCAUGAAGGAGCGAGGCUGGCAGGUCAGAGUCUGCCUCGAGAAGCCUAUCGCCGUGCCAUUCGCAGAAUGCCCGUCCGUUGAGAUCAAGAUUGGAUCAUAG